UCCCGGAAGCGUCACUUGUCAUGAGAUUCAUCUAAGAUGGCUGUGUUUGGUUUGUGCUUGUUCGUGGUUUGUGUCGCUUUUGUAGUUGGCGGUCCCGUUCUGAAAAACGGGGGCGAUCCGGUACCGCUUGUAAUAUGGCACGGAAUGGGUGACUCUUGCUGUAACCCCUUCAGCAUGGGGGCCAUUAAGAAAAUGGUGGAGGAGCAGAUACCGGGGAUCUAUGUGCUUUCCUUGAAGAUUGGCAACAGCAUCACCGAGGACAUGGAAAACAGCUUUUUCCUCAAUGCAAACGAACAAGUGGCCAGAGUAUGUGAGCAGCUGGCGAAAGACCCCCGGCUCCAGCAGGGCUACAACAGCAUGGGAUUCUCCCAAGGGGGGCAGUUUCUGAGAGCGGUAGCCCAGAGAUGUCCUCAGCCACGCAUGCGCAACCUCAUCUCUGUCGGAGGACAACACCAAGGUGUAUACGGCCUCCCUCGCUGUCCCGGAGAAUCAUCUCAUAUUUGCGACUGGAUCAGAAAAGUGCUGAACUCUGGUGCCUAUACUAAGGCCGUGCAGGAACACCUAGUGCAGGCAGAAUAUUGGCAUGACCCACUGAAUGAGGAGACCUACAGAAGUAGCAGCAUUUUUCUAGCAGAUAUCAAUCAGGAGAGAAGUGUAAAUGAAAGCUACAAGCGUAAUCUCCAGGCUCUAGAGAAGUUUGUGAUGGUGAAGUUUCUACAAGACACCAUGGUAGAUCCUGUAGAUUCAGAGUGGUUUGGAUUCUACAGACCAGGACAAGGCAAAGAGAUUAUCCCAUUACAGAAUAGCACUAUAUACACAGAGGAUCGUUUGGGGUUGAGAGAAAUGGAUACGGCAGGGAAGCUGGUGUUCCUUGGCGUGGAAGGAGACCACCUGCACUUCACAGACAAGUGGUUUAAUGAGAAUAUCUUACCAUUUCUGCAUUGAAUGCAUGUCCCUACUGCACACCUGAAACCGCUAUACUAACUACCUGAUUCAUUCCGCAAUGCACACUGGGAUAGAGACCCGGAAAAAGGUGUGGGAAAUAUUUAGGUGGGGGUCUCUGAGAAGAAGCUCCUGGCUACUCACCUGUCACACCUCCAGCUCUGAUGUGUGGUUUUAUUCUAGAACUACCUACCUCCAGAGAUAAAAAACUAUCCUUAACAUUUUCAUAUAAUAAUAUAUCU